ACACUCCCUCCCUCCCUCUGUCUAAAGAAGCAAGCAGCAGCUCACAUACAUUCCUUCAAACACAAAAAACACAAAAUCUACUUUGAGAGAGAAAGAAAGAACAAGAAGAAAAUCAUCACCCAAAAUGUCGAAGCGAAAGGUUAGGGAGCCAAAGGAAGAAAAUGUGACCCUUGGACCUGCUACCCGUGAGGGAGAGCUUGUGUUUGGUGUUGCUCACAUUUUUGCUUCCUUCAACGACACUUUCAUCCAUGUAACUGAUAUCUCUGGUCGUGAAACCUUGGUUCGUAUCACAGGUGGGAUGAAGGUGAAGGCUGACAGGGAUGAGUCUUCUCCUUAUGCUGCCAUGCUUGCUGCUCAAGAUGUUUCCAAUCGAUGCAAGGAGUUGGGCAUUAAUUCUCUUCACAUUAAGUUGCGGGCUACUGGUGGUAACAAGACCAAGUCCCCUGGUCCCGGCGCUCAGUCUGCUCUCAGAGCUCUUGCUCGUUCUGGCAUGAAAAUUGGGCGCAUAGAGGAUGUCACUCCGAUUCCAACUGACAGCACCCGUAGAAAGGGUGGUAGAAGAGGAAGAAGGUUGUGAUCUGAGUCAAUGGUGCUGCAUUUUCAAGUGGGAAUUUGUGUGGAUUAAUGCUGGAUCAAGUUUUGUUCUGCAGUUUAAGUUUGAUAAAUUUAUGGCAUUGUGUUAAGACAUUCUACAUUUUAUGGUAGUGCAUGUGCUUUUCAUAUCCAGUCAAAACUACACUUUCUUGUUAUGUAAUUUUGAACAAGAGACAAGGUGAGUUAUGCAUUGCUAAACUUGCAAAAAAUUCAGUUGAAGUUCA